AUGCAGCAGUCUUCUUUUACACCCUCAGCCUCAUCAGCAACAGCGGCAUCUUCGGCAGCAUCAACAACAGGCUAUGUUGUGGAGGAGGAGAUAACUACAGUGAAAGUCCCCAUGUGGAGGCCAAGGCCAGUUCUGAUGAAGGUUUUACACCUGGCUGGUGGAAUUGGUGAGACAUUUACCUUGGAUGAGAUCUUUAAUCAUGUCAAGGAUUACAUCCGAGAGCGGGUGCUGUACGAUGAGCAGAACCCAAGGAUUGUACACUGCGGCAAGGAUCUGCUGGGUGCAGCUCUUGAAGUGGAUACCUUCACGGUGCAUGAUGCCAAAAAUCUAUUACGCAAAAAUUGUACGAUGGAACCUGACUCAUGUAUACGUGUAUAUCGGCACCUGGUCACAAGACCCAUCAACCACCAACCACAUGUGACUGCAGCAAGUGGUGCAGCAUCUUACACAACUGCAGCACAGUCAGCCAAAUUGGCAACUUCCACGGCUACGUCUGCUUCCUUAUCAAGCCAACAUCACCUGGCAGCCCAA